GUUUUGUCAAUAGACGUAACUUAUGUCGGUGGUUUUGUCACUAAUAUUCUUGGUUAUGAAUUUUUCCAUAUUGAUUAUUGAUAUUUUCUCCUGAUUGUUUUAAAUUAUUCUUCAUAUAGCUUUUCACAACAAUCAUAGGAUGUAAUAUUUUUCAUAUCAGGAAUCAAUUUUGGUUACUGCUUGGCAUUUGUAUUGAAAUAGGUUAUUGUUAUACAGGAGAUUGAAUAAAAUGGAAUUUGUUGAUAAUAUUUCUGAUGAUGAACAGGUCACACAGUAUCUUAAUUGUUGUGCUCUUGCACAAGAAGCUUCCGAGAAAGUCUCUUAUUUCUUCAAAAUUCAAGAAAUUUUACUGAGGAAAACCCCAAUAUUACUGCCAAAAUUUCUACAGAAUAUUUUGAAUUUUACAACAGAAAGAAAUCCGGAUAUUAAAAAAGCCUUAGUUGGUUUCAUCGAAGAAUUGAUUAAAGUUCGUGAAUCUUACAUACCAAAGGUUAUGCUUCAUUUACAUAUGCUGCUUUGUGAUGAAUCUGUAGCGGUUCAGAAACGUGUAAUACAAGCUGCAAUCACAAUUUAUCGCCGAACUUUGUCAUGGCUUUGCAUGGCCUCGAUCACUACCGAUGAAAUGGAGGAAGCCUGGAAGCAAUUGAGUGCUAUCAAGUUGGAAAUCGCCAAUAUGAUAGAUAGUGAUAAUGAUGGUAUAAGGACUAGUUCAGUAAAGUUUCUUGAGUGUGUUGUACUUCUUCAAACUUAUCCUGAUGAAACUGAGAGCAGACGUCCCAAUGAUUUUUCACUGGAUGAUGUACCUUUAACACUAAAAGUUGCUCGACGAAGACAUUUAGAAGAGGAAGCAAGUAAUUUGUUUGAAGUAUUAGUGAAAUUCCAUGGAUCUCCUCAUAUUAGUAGUGCAAACUUGUUAGCUUGUAUAGGUGCACUUACGAAUAUAGCUAAAAGUAGGGCUGAAUUCAUGGUUAGAGUAGUGAAUGCUCUUGAAUCUUUGUUUAAUAACUUACCCCCCACUUUGACAACUACACAAGUGAGCUCUGUGAAAAAGAAACUGAAAACAGAGCUGUGCAGUCUUUUGAAACACCCCGCAGCCUAUGAAUAUGUAGACCAAAUCUCUCCCAUAUUAUCAGAGUUGGGGUGUUCCCAGUCUGAAAUAAAUAAGUUGAUUCCUAAAUCUGAUGAAAGGAAAAAGUACAAAAAGCGAACUCUAUCUUCGGAAUCGCUGGUUCAAAAGAGUGUAAAGAGAGCACGUCUAGAUCAUAACUCAUUUGACAUUGACGAGUCCACAGAUUCUCAACUGACACCUUUAGAAGCAAAUGAACAGUUCAUUUUAGAAAAUCUCACUCUUGAAAAAGCAGUUUAUCUCAUUUUCACCAAUAUUCCUAAACUGCCUAAUACUGUGCCCACAGACUUUAUCAAGGACUAUGCUGAGUUUGUCAACCUGGGAAAUAUUGGUAAAAUACAUUUGGCAAAUGUGUUGGCAAAGCAAUUCACUCUGGCAAAUGUUGGCCCUGGUAAAAAAAUUGCGGAAAAAUUGAAAAGCCUGGAACAAAGCAAAAAAAGGACAAGAGAAUCUGAAGAUAAUAAAGAUGAGAGAGAAAAGCCACCACCCAAGAAAGAAAAAGUUAAAGUACUGAGAAUCAAGACUCUGAAACUUGCGGAAAUAACAAAACCUCUGGAAAAAGAUGUGAAAGAAAGACUGAUGCUGAAAGCUGUAGAAAGACUCCUGACUCCUCAUAGAUCUGCUAAUAAACAACUGCAUCAGAAGAUUAUCACAACUAUGGCCACUUGUUUCAACUUAGGUGUACGAGACACAGUUUUGAAAUUCCUUCUUAAUGAUCUCAGGUCAUACGUCGAUAUUGCUCUGUCUUGGCUCUUUGAAGAAUACAGCAUUAUGCAGGGAUUUUCCAGAAUACCACCUCUUAGAAGAGACGUGAAACUAGAUGAUAGUUAUAAUUUCCUUCUAUGCAGCUUCAUUAAUGUAUCUGCAACAGAUGCCCUGAUUUUAUCGAGGCUACUGCUCGAAGCCCCUUCCAUAACUGAUGAUGCCCUGGAAGAAGUAAGAGCUGUGUGCAGAGAUGAGAGACGUUCAGGCUGGGCUCUUGGACUGCUGCGUGACUUGACCGUGAGAAAACCUCCGAAGCAGUUGGUCUUCCUCAAUGCUCUUCUGUCAUACACUACAUACGAGUCCAAUGCUGUACGAGAUUCCGCUAUUGGACACGUUCUGGAACUCCACAAAAGAUUCGACUUGAGAUUGGUUAUUGAGGAGUUUGCUAGGAUGAAUAUGGAAUUCCUGAAACUGCCCAAACCACCAGAAAGCUUGUGUGGGAUCAAUCAAGGACGGUUGAAAAGUGAGAGUUGGGGAGAUGAUUUCAUCAAAGCGUGUUUACUCCCUUAUGUGUCGUUGCUGCCCGUUAAUGAAAGUCUCAUUCAUGAUUUGGCAAAGGUUUAUGUACAAACAAGUGCUGAUAUCAAACGGAUAAUACUAAGGCUCAUAGAAGUGCCCAUAAAAACAAUGGGAAUGGGUUCUGCGGAAUUACUGAAGCUGGUUGAAGAGUGUCCAAAGGGCUCUGAAACUUUAGUUACAAGAGUGAUACACAUUUUGACUGACAAAGCUAAUCCGACCCCUGAUCUCGUCAACAGAGUACGAGAUUUGUACAACAGCAGAAUUUCCGAUGUCAGGUUCCUUAUCCCUGUGCUCAACGGUCUAUCUAAACAAGAGAUAAUAUCAGCUUUACCUAAACUCAUAAAAUUGAAUCCUGUAGUUGUGCGAGAAGUUUUCAACAGGCUUCUGGGGCUGCACGGAGAUAGUCCAAUCAGCCCUACUGAAUUAUUGGUUUCGCUGCAUCUCAUAGACUCCACGAAGGCAGACUUGAAGACUGUUAUCAAGGCGACAUCUAUGUGCCUACAGGAGAGACAGGUGUUUACUCAAGAAGUUUUGGCUGUUGUCCUGCAACAAUUGAUGGAUCAAUCACCUCUACCAACCCUCCUCNAAAAUCUGAAGGGAUGGUAUCUUUAAAAUAUUCAUCAGUUGAGUAAAUUUUUGUUUUACAUUACUAAUUCAAUACGACUUUUGCAGGUAUGGAAACAAAAAGUGGUAUGGGAAGGAUUCGUCAAAUGCUGUCAGAGAACCAAACCUCAAAGUUUUGCUGUUCUAAUGCAGUUACCCCCUCAGCAAUUAGAGGAAGCGUUGACAAUUUGUGCUGACUUGCAAGGACCACUUCGAGAACAUUUAUUGACUUUUACUGAAGCUCAGCGCUCCCAUAUUCCCCAAGCCGUCCAGGAAGUUGUUUUAGGAUCAGUUACUGUGCCCCCUCCUGUAGCGAUGGUGCCGCCCCCCGUUAUUUUACCGCAGCCUGAUGUGGUGAUGGUAGAAGAGCAGCCCAUCGUUACGAUGCCCCCUCCUCAAUCUGAACCAUUACCUCCCGGAAUGGAUUGAAGACAUUAAACAACUUCAUAUUUUCAUUUUAAUGAACACUUGGUAUAUAUGUAUAUCAGGUGUGUAUUAUAUCAUGUUUUCUUUGUUACACAUAGAAAAAAAAAAUGUAUGAAAUAAGGUACGACAAAUAUAAUAAACUAAAAAUCAAAUGACA